GCUCCGGGUCCCGCAAAACUGCUGGAGGGCGCGUGCUGCCCCGCCCUCGGAGGAGCGGAGCCGCGGGAUGCGCGGGGACGUGCCGCUGCCCUGGGCGCCCAGUUGGGCUGACGCGGACUCCCGGCUCCGGCGCUGACCGUGCCCGGCGCGGACGCUGCUUGGGCGCCUACUCUGGCCCACCACGCUGACUUCCGGGCCGCCCCGCGUCCCCGGCUUCUCGCUCCCUGCGCAGGGAGCUGGCCCUCUUUUUCGCCCUGAUCUCAGCUCGGACAGCGAAUGCUCGGCGCCCGAGGGUCGUAGCUCCCUGGCUCGGCGAGACGCAGUGGCAGCCGCCAUGGGCUGCUUCUGCGCGGCGCCCGAGGACUUUUACUGCGAAGUUCUGCUCCUGGAUGAGUCCAAGCUGACCCUCACGUCGCAGCAGCAGGGCAUCAAGAAAUCGACACGAGGCUCUGCCGUCCUGGAGCACGUCUUCCGGCACAUCGACCUUGUGGAGAUAGAUUAUUUUGGGCUGCGUUACUGCGACAGAAGUCACCAGACGUACUGGCUGGAUCCUGCGAAGACCCUCGCGGAACACAAGGAGCUCAUCAACACUGGACCUCCAUAUACUUUGUAUUUUGGUAUUAAAUUCUACGCUGAAGAUCCGUGUAAGCUUAAGGAAGAGGUAACCAGAUACCAGUUUUUCUUGCAGGUGAAACAGGAUGUCCUUCAGGGCCGGUUGCCCUGCCCGGUCAACAUUGCGGCUCAGCUGGGAGCACAUGCCAUCCAGGCUGAACUUGGAGAUUACGACCCAUAUAAACACACUGCAGGGUAUGUUUCAGAAUACCGGUUUGUGCCUGAUCAGAAAGAAGAACUUGAAGAAGCCAUAGAAAGGAUUCAUAAAACUCUGAUGGGGCAGGCACCGUCUGAAGCUGAGCUCAGCUACCUGAGGACCGCCAAGUCGCUGGAGAUGUAUGGCGUGGACCUUCACCCUGUCUACGGAGAGAACAAGUCUGAGUAUUUCCUGGGAUUGACUCCUGUUGGCGUUGUUGUCUACAAGAACAAGAAGCAAGUGGGGAAGUACUUUUGGCCUCGGAUCACCAAGGUUCACUUCAAGGAGACUCAAUUUGAACUCCGAGUGCUGGGGAAAGAUUGCAAUGAAACCUCCUUCUUCUUCGAAGCACAGAGUAAGACUGCUUGCAGGCACCUGUGGAAGUGCAGCGUAGAGCAUCAUACAUUUUUCAGAGUGCCAGAAACCGAGUCAAGUUCAUUGUCAAGAAAACUCAGCAAGCUUGGAUCCAUCAGUCAGAAGCACCGGUUCAGGACAGCCUCGCAGAUGAGCCGAGACCUGUCCAUCCAGCUCCCACGGCCGGAUCAGAACGUAGCAAGGAGUCGCAGCAAGACGUACCCUAAGAGAGUGGUGCCCACGCAGCCCACAGGGUCCAUCAGCACAAAUCGGAUGACUGUGGACGUGGAGCACGGAGAACAUGAAAGGACAGCUAACGUUAUCACACCUUCACCCGGGAAGAGCUUUAAGAAAGCCAAGAAUGAAAACAGCCCUGACGUUCAGAGAAGCAGGCCCCACGCACCGUGGGAGGAGGACGGGCCCCAGGGGGGGCUCUACCACUCUGCUAAUGACCGCACCAGGUCCCCCAAGUUUCCCUGCACGCGCCGCCGGAACCCUUCCUGUGGAAGCGAUGAGGCUGCGCAGCCCAUGAGAAGGAGGUCACGCUCGCGCUGUAACACCAGCAGCGGCAGCGAGUCGGAAAGUUCCACCAGAGAGCACCGGAAGAAGAGAAGCCGAGCACGGCAGGAGAAUGACAUGGUCGACUCGGCGCCUCAGUGGGAAGCCGUGCUAAGGAGACAGAAGGAGAAAAGCCAAGUGGACCCCAGCAACCGGCGUUCCAGACACCGAUCUCGCUCGCGGAGUCCAGACAUUCAGGCGAAAGAGGAACUGUGGAAGCACAUUCAAAAGGAGCUCGUGGAUCCCUCUGGGCUGUCGGACGAGCAGCUGAAGGAGAUCCCGUACACUAAAGUGGAGACUCAGGGUGACCCUGUCCGCAUCAGACACUCGCAUUCACCACGCAGUUACCGCCAGUACCGCCGGUCCCAGUGCUCGGAUGGAGAGCGGUCUGUUCUCUCAGAGCUGAAUUCCAAGACGGACCUGGUCCCCCCGCUGCCGGUGACCCGCUCCGCAGACGCGCAGGGCUCAGGAGGCGCCACGGUACAUCAGAGAAGAAAUGGGUCUAAAGAUAGCCUCACUGAAGAGAAGUGUCACAUGUCUGCAAGCAACCUGGCUGGAAAACACACUGCGAGAACCGUCAAGACUGUCCAGGCCUCGCGUCUCAGGACCGAGAGCUGACCCUGGCCGUGCCCCGGGAGCCGCGUUCCUGCAGGAUAGGCCUGCCCCAGGACGAAGAGCUGGCCCAAGCAGAGGGCUGGGGACCGGCCAGGGUGGCACCACUGGCACCCCGACAGGACAAGUGCCUGGGGGGGACAGGAUGGCACCUCUAGUCCUGACAACCUUGGCCUGUGACCGGCCUGGACACUGGGCUGCGGCCGGUCUGCUGGCAGGACACCCAGUGGGAGCAGGGACUACAGGUGGUUGAGGCAUCCGGUCAGUGUGGGCAUCUCCUACUUCACACUGUAACACUUUAUUGUGACACUGAGUUCCACUGGUGAUUCAGAAAUAUUCCCAAGUAUUGCCUUUGCUUCCUAUCGUGUCCUGUCUUGUUUUCAGAAAAGGCUGACCCCUCACCUUGAGCUAACUGUGCCUGCCACCCUUCCCACCGUUUGUCA